UUACCGACCUUUUUUAUCUUCCGGAAGCGAUGUUAUCUGUGUUCACUGCUGUGAGUAAUCGCAUAUGCUGUUCAGAAGAGAGCUGGUCGUGCUGCUGUUUCCACUUGUAGAAGAUGUUCAUCACACUUCAGAAAUGCCUCGAGUGAGAGACGUGUGAUAACACCAUGCAGCAAGCGGAAGAAUCCACAAAAUGUUAUGUGGGAGACAUCUGCUGAUUACAAACUUCCUGCACUCAUCGAGUAAGAUUUGGUGAACAUGAGGUUGUGAAAAUGAACAUGUCGGAAGAACAAAUCAACUGCACUAUAAGCCACGAGAUUCACCAGUACCUGUUCUCGGGUGCAUACAUCUUUGUCCUGCUAGUGGGUCUUCCAGCCAAUUCUUACUCGCUGUACCAUGCCUGGCUGCAACUGAAAGCCCACAAUGAGCUGGGGGUCUACUUACUCAACCUGACCAUAUCAGAUUUGCUGUACCUGGCCUCCCUGCCCAUCUGGCUGCAGUAUAUUUUCCAGGAGGAUAACUGGAGUGGCUCUGAGUGGCUCUGUCAACUAUGUGGCUUCCUUCUCUACGAGAACAUCUACGUAAGCAUCGGUUUCCUGUGUUGUAUCUCCAUAGAUCGAUACCUGGCUGUGGUCUACCCCUUCCGUUUCACUGCUUUCCGAACGGUGCGAGCUGCAGCGCUGGUCAGCGCCGUGGUCUGGCUCAAGGAACUUGCUGUAGGCAUCGUGUUUUUCCUCCAUAAGGAGCUCAGCAAGGACAAGCUUAACCAUUCGGUGUGCUUUGAGCAUUAUCCCAUGAAGACUUGGGAGUAUUCCAUAAAUUACUACCGUUUUUACAUAGGCUUCUUGUUUCCUUUGGGAAUCUUAUCAGUGUCAUACCUUCAAGUCCUCAGAGCAGUGGGCAAGAGUGCAGGCACGCAGGCUGCACAGAAAACACGCAUAAAGUAUCUGGUGACCAGCACCAUUGUUAUCUUCCUGGUGUGUUUCUCACCAUACCACAUCUUCCUGCUGGUGCGCACGGUGUUAGAAAGGGACUGUGCCUUUAUCGAGAACAUUUUUAAUUACUAUCAUUUCUCCCUGUUGCUUACUAGUUUUAACUGUGUGGCGGAUCCGGCGCUGUACUGUUUCAUUAGCGAGAGCGCCCAAAAGGGCAUCCAGAAGGCUCAAGACACAUGCACUCGCAUCUUCUGCUGUUGCUCCAAAAGCCAUGGAAGGUUCAGCACACACUCUACUGAAAUGGUAGUAACCAAUGAUAAUGUUCCAGGAACCUAAGUGGUGACACGGUUGUGCAGACCAUAACUUACGUUUGAAUGACUUUUGUUUGUUGUAUUAAUAAUUGCUUAUAAAAUGGACACCAUGAAAUUGACCCUUCGCUAAUCCUUACCUUAAAAGACGAAUCAUACCUUUGCAACUGUUGCUGCUACCAUAUUGUCAUGCAAGAUCUAAUGCAAGUCUAUAAAUUUCCUGUGAGUUUGGAUGGUCAGAUCAGAAAUUAUCUAAAUAUAUGGUAAUGCAUUGUUUGCGGGACGGUAAAAAGUCUUAGCCUCGAUUCUGAUUUGCAAUCUCUGCUGUUUGUAAUCACAUUAUUGUGUGAUUCAACAAUUUCUAAAAAGAAAAACAGCAGAUAAAAAUUCUAAGCUAAAAAUAGCAAAUAAAAUGCUUUGCAGUGUCACACUUCAUUCCAGGCUACAUUUUCACUUUUUACCUCUUUAUGAGAACAUUUAAUUAAAAACCGUGCUGUUCACAGAAAUCACCAGUUCAUUCCAAUUUGAUAAGCCUUAUCCCUGUUGUCCAGCUGUGCUUUUUUCAUGGUUAAACAUGGAGCAUACAGAGAGUGAACAAGCAGAAGCACACAGCGUGGGUGUAAAGAGUCAUUCCUGGUCAGGCAGGUCAUUUAACCUGGUCAGCUUCCCAAUGGGAUUUAAUAUCCUUGGAAAAUGUGUGUAGAAAAGAGGGUCUGGAGGUGACUGAUGGUCCUCUGCAGGAAUCAUGGAUGCUCUGUUUGCUCAAACCGAGGAGGUAAAUAAAGGUGAUUAAUGUUUGGUGCAGUGUUUAAAUUUUUUAUAUGGAAGUGAGUGCAGCUUCUAGCAGAAGACUACAGGAACCCAAAAUGGGGAUAUGUUCUCUUAUUCCUGUUCAUGCAAACUAGGUUUACUACAUAUCCUGAAAUGUGCAUGCAGAUUGUAUGUAUUGUAUGUUGAAACAGAAUCAAGAUUGUACUCCGAACAUUUCAUGGAAUCACUUUACUACAGUUCAGGGAACUGUUUGAGUCUUAAAAGGAAUUUUUGCUAUGUUUUGUACUCUGUUGUAUAUUGUUUAGUGUGCAAAAUCAGAUUACGUCUGUUUGCAUUGAUGCACAUGGAGGUUGUAAAAAAAGUACAGACAUGAUAGGGAUAAUAUAUAUUUUUUUAUUUAUGUAUAAACCAGACCAUCUGGCACCAAUGAUCAUGCCAUGCUCCAAAUCCUGAGAUCACAUUUUCCCCCAUUCUGAUGGUUGAUGUGAACAUUAACUGAAGCUCCUGACCCGUAUCUGUGUGAUUUUAUGCACUGCAGCCACAUGAUUGGCUGAUUAGAUAAUUGUUGGUGCCUGAUGGGCUGGUUUGAGUAUUUUUGUUACUGCUGAUCUCCUGGGAUUUUUGAAUGUACUCAGAAUGGUGCCAAAAACAAAAAACAUCUAGUGAGGGGCAGUUCUGCGGAUGGAAACACCUUGUUGAUGAGAGAGGUCAACAGAGAAUGGCCAGACUGGUUCGAACUGACAAAGUCUAUGGCAGUGGUGAAUUCUCAGGGCCAGCAAAGCCUUCUCUGCUGGCAUAACAUGCCAAAUAAAUAAAUAUUUUUCAUCUUUUCAUUCUCAAUCACCUUUUUGCCUAUGUAUUUUUAAUCGCUUUCCACUCUUAAUUCAUCUACAAACAAAUAGAGAAAAACAAAAAGUUUAUCCAGUCAGAAUUUAUUCCUUGAUGUUUUCAAGCAAAGUUGUGACAACUGUUUCACAAAUCGCAUGCCUGAAGCAGCACGUGAGUCUGAGCUCCACCCCAUCAGGCCUUCAGAAUUUCUUCAGAAUCCCUCAACAGUGCAAAUGAAUGGGCAACUAAAGUCAGAUUGUCAGAUUCAUCAGCCAAUCAGAUUGAUUUAUUUGUUCUUGGUGGGUGUGAUCUGUAGGAUAUGUCCCGGUUAAGGCCUUCUAGCUGGCCUUGAGUGAUGCAAUCACACUUAAAGUGAUGUACGUAAUUUGAAAGUGAAGCGCGCAAGAUCGUCAUCACUGCCGCUAUCGCCAUUGAGAAAGAGAUUCUUAUGGAUUUAAAAACACGAGAUGUUCUGCAUGACUGUGUGAUUGCUUAAUUUAUUAAACAGGACAGGAGGACUGAUUUUCACUUCAAAUAAAUUGGUAAGUGCUUUUUGCAUUGUUAUAGCAACAUCAGGAGUUUUCUAAAUGUAAAUUAGGCUGCUUGAGCAUUCAGUGUCAGAUCAAGUUUUGAAAAGUAAUGCUGCGUUCCAUUCAACUCGGAAAGUCGGAUUUUACAACUUCCUAUUAGGAAAAGUGCAAUGGAAUGCAUCUUGCAUGGAAUGCAGUCAGAAUUACAACUUGUAGUCUCAUGCAGAAAUUCUCAUCUCCGAUUUCGCUGAGAUGCAGGGGCAUGAUGUCACACAAACGUGUCAACACUCAGGGAGAUAUACAAAGUGAUAAACAUUCACUUUAUUAAGUAAUAUCGAUAAAUGAGUUAUUUUCCACAUUACAUGAUAUUAAAGCUUGUUUAACAAACGCCUGCAGAAACAGGUGUAUAAAACAUUAUAAUCUCUUUUUAUAAUCGUACACCUGAAGCACAAAUGCUAGCGCUGCAGCAUUGUUUAACAGUUGGGUUGCCAGAAGACAUCUCUAAUGAGAGUCAAACCCCUGCUAAGCUAACGGGAGCAUUGCAGUUUUGUUUCCUUAAAUGUCAUCUUCCAAAUAACAGGGAAUGGAAUGCAUUUAUGGUCGGAGAUAUCAAGUAGGAUUAUCCCACAUCCAACUUGAUGAUUUUUGAAUGUCUGUUCAGGAGACCUUCAUUUCACAAAACAGUCAUGCUGCAGUUAAAAUUAAGUUUGCUUGAGCAUUAAGUGUUGUUUCAAGUUCUGGCUUUCAUGCGUGGAUGUGUUUUUAAAAUGUCAAUUGGUAUUAUUAGUUAGCUGCGACAAUGUCUUAUUCAUUGUGAAACUGUGUUUUCUAAAUGGCAUGAAUCACACUGAAGGCCUGGACUUAAAAUGCACAGCCCACCACUGGUCUAUGGUAACCCAGAU